AUGUCUCAACCUUGCGAAGGCUGCAACUGCGGCAGAUCGCAAGCUCAAGUUCCCACCGCUGGUUCGGGUCCUCGUCAACUCCGAUCCUUCACAUCUCCGGCAGAGAGCAAUACCAAUACGAAUGAAGGGAUAGAGCCAGCUAUACCAUUACGUUCGAAGAAAUGGUUCAACGAUCCUUCCGAUCUUGGUUUAACCGUUCCCGAGCUAUCUCCCAAAAACCGACCUAUCAUUGGUAUUGCGCAGACUGGUUCAGACUUAUCUCCAUGUAACAAGUACCAUGUAGAAUUGGCGAAGAGGGUUAGAGAUGGCAUAAUCGCCGCCGGUGGAACUCCGUUAGAAUUUCCAUGUCAUCCUAUUCAAGAGACGGGCAAGCGGCCUACUGCGAGUUUAGACCGGAAUUUGUCAUAUCUCUCGCUUGUGGAAGUGCUCUUCGGAUAUCCCUUGGAUGGUGUCGUCCUUUUGACAGGUUGUGAUAAAACCACUCCCGCUCUGCUAAUGGCAGCUGCUACCGUUAACAUCCCUGCCAUUUCGAUGAACGUCGGGCCUAUGUUAAACGGCUACAGCGGUCAAAAGCUGAUUGGCUCCGGAGGUGUUGUCUGGGAGAGUCGAGCACAAUUAGCAGCAGGGCAGAUUACUGAGGCUGAGUUCUUACAUCAUGUGGCUUUUGCUGGUCAUUGUAACACAAUCGGCACAGCUUCCACCAUGAAUGCCAUGGCAGAGGCUUUGGGCAUGUCUUUGCCCGGAAGUGCCUCCAUUCCAGCAGUAUACCGAGAACGAGGCGCCUGCGCUUACGCAACAGGAUUGCGAAUCGUUCAACUGGUCAGAGAAGAUAUCAAACCCUCAGAUAUCAUGACUAAAGCAGCUUUCGAAAAUGCCAUUGCAUGUUGCGCUGCCAUUGGCGGAUCGACCAACGCCCCAAUCCAUUUAAAUGCCGUUGCUAAACAUAUAGGAGUGGAUCUUGAUUGUGACGACUGGGAGCGAGUGGGAUAUCACCUUCCUUUGCUGUUGAAUGUGCAGCCUGCAGGGGAAUGGCUUUGUGAGGAGUAUCACCGUGCGGGUGGACUGCCUGCUGUCGUCGCCGAGCUCAUGAAGCACAACGCCUUUCCACAUCCGGACGCGUUGACAGUAUCUGGACACUCCAUCGGCGAAAACUGCCGUAGCGACCUUUCCCAAGAUCGCCGAGUGAUUGUACCCUUUGACAAGCCAUUGAAAGCGGAGGCUGGAUUCUUGCACCUGAAAGGAACCCUUUUCGAGAGUGGUAUUAUGAAAACGUCUGUCAUAUCCCCUGCAUUCCGAGAACAGUACUUGUCAAAUCCCAACGAUCCUAUGGCAUUCGAAGGUCCUGUCGCCGUAUUUGACGGUCCCGAAGAUUACCAUCAUCGAAUCGAGCAUUCUCCGGACAUCGGUCCCGGUACCAUCCUCAUCAUGCGCGGUGCAGGUCCCAUAGGGUAUCCUGGAGCGGCUGAAGUUGUCAAUAUGAUUCCCCCUGGUGAAUUGAUCCGCAAAGGGAUAGAGCUCCCUUGUAUUGGUGAUGGCAGGCAGAGUGGUACUAGUGGAAGUCCAUCAAUCCUCAAUGCCAGUCCGGAAGCAGCUACUGGAGGUAUGUUGGGCUAUCUCGUAGAUGGCGAUCGUGUUCGGAUCGAUCUUCUGAAAAGAACUGCAGACGUCCUGUUGAGCACCGCGGAAAUUGAGGAGAGAAAGAAAUCUAUGGGAUCAUACAAAUACCCGAAGAGUCAAACACCGUGGCAGGAAAUGUACAGAGAUUCCGUAUCAGAAUUGAGUGAAGGAAUGGUGAUCAAAAGCGCCAUCAAGUAUCAGCGUUUAGCUCAAACUCAAGGAAUACCAAGACAGAACCAUUAG